GUCGUCAAGCCUCACGUACACUUUCACCCCGACACUGAGUUCAUCCGCAUCUCCUCUUUAAGCGCCAAACUUAAAAUGGGCCCUCGAGAUCCCCUCCUCGAGGCUAUGGCCGAAGUUAAGGUCAAUGCCAACCAACUCCGCAAACAAGCCACCAAAGCCGAAUCCAUGUCGCGUGCCCAAGAAGACAAGGCCACCAAGGCCAUGAAAAAAGGCCAGUUCCAAAUCUCGCGCAUCCACGCUGGCUCCGCGAUCCGCGAAAAGCGCCGCUCCAUCACGUUGCUCUCCAAGGCCGCCGAGGCAGACGUGAUAUAUUCCGAUCUCGCGGCGGCCAAAUCGACGCGGGACUCGACGCGGUCGCUGAUGAAAGCGUCCAAGGCGCUGGAUUCGGCGAGCAGAAGCAUCAAUCUCGAGAGAACGCUGGCGAUCGCUAACGCGUUCGUGUCGAGGUCGGAGGAUUUUAAGCUGGCGGGCUCUGCGCUGGAGGGGGUGUCGAGGGACGUGCAGAUGGCGGAGUACGGGGCGGAGGGCGCCGAAGAUGAGGUUGAUAAGUUGAUGGAGAGGUUGGCGGAUAAUGCUGGAGUGGAUUUGAGGCAGAAUUUGGAGGAGAAUGCCGCGCCGAGCGAUGAGAUUGGCGUCAAGGCGGGGAAGCAGAAGGAACCGGAUUUCGAGGAUGGGUUGGCGGGCAGGCUGAGAGCGCUGAGAUCAUAGAUUGUGACUCCCUUUUUGGUCUUCUUCUUUCUUGGAAUUUCGCUGCAUGCUCCUGCGCCCGCCCAGCUCCACUCCGCUGGGAUAGAUUGAUGGGUGACGAUGGAUACGUCUUUCCCUUGUUUGUGAUUUCUUCUUGUGUCUUCAGGUGUCCCGGGAUGGCGUUUUGGGGGGAGGGUUCUGUGUAGAUUGGGGCUUCGAACAAUACACUAUAAUAUCUCUACCU